GUCAGUUUGCUUGUUUAUCCACUUGUCAAGUCUACUUGUGAACGCGGCUCCAUCUGUCAAGUCCUCUGUUUGACUUCACACAAAAGCAGAGGAAGAGAGCAGAGAGAGUGAAGCACGGGCACACUCAAACCGAGAAUGUCGACCAAAGAGGAACAAGUUCCCGCCGGCGAGCCCUCAUCGGAACCGCGCCGGAGAAAGAAUCGGAGCGGCGACCCCGCCGCCGUUCCAGAAGGAGAAAGGCCGUACAAGAGAAUCCACAUCCCGGAAUUCUGCCUCCCAGCAAUUGCCUACCUCAAGCGCGAUCUGGGCUUCGGAAACGAUCUCCAGAUCAUCCCUUGGCUCCUCGAACAGAUCCGGUUCCCGCCAUGCGAAUCGUCGGCCACCGUGAAUUUCGUUCCCAGACCAAUGUCCCCGCCAGGCCGCGGGGGUUCGUCGGCUGGGCAGCGGCUUUCGGUGAGAGUGACAGUAGUUCAAGCUUCCACAGUGGUUUUCGAUACCCCAUCUACUUUAGUUAAGGCGGAGCAACUGAUCAGCCUUGCUGCUGAUAAAGGGUCGCAAUUGAUUGUGUUCCCAGAAGCAUUCGUCGGUGGGUAUCCGCGGUUCUUGUUCUCCGAUGACUCCGGUACGAAGGAGGUGCCGUUCGGCGAUGAUGAUCGGCUCAAGUAUCGCGCCUCGGCCGUUGAUUUGUCAGGUCCUGAAGUUGAGAGGCUGUCACAAAUGGCUGCAAAAUACCAGGUCAGUAUGGUAAUGGGAGUGGUGGAGAGAAGUGGAACAAAUCUCUACAGCACAGUAAUCUUCUUGGAUUCACAAGGCAAGCUUCAAGGCAGCCACAGAAAGUCGAUCAUACUGCAAUCAGAAUCCCCCCUUUGGUCACCCGGAGAAAUCCUAUCAUCAUCAACAUCAUCAUCCCUUGUUCUCCCGCUCUAUGCCACAUCAUCAGCUGGCAGAAUCGGUGGCCUAAUCUCAUCCGACAACAGGCUGCCGCUGUUGAGAAGCAUGCUCUACGAGAGAGGUAUCCAAAUCUACUGCGCUCCCACGGCAGAUGCCACCGAGGUAUGGAAGGCCUCCAUGACCCACAUUGCAGUCGAAGGCAGCUGCUUCGUGCUCUCUGCCAACCAGUUCUGUCGACAAAGUGAUUAUCACCGAUACUGUAUAGAGGAGGAGGAGGAGAAAGAUGAUGCUGUGGUGUCACCUGGGGGUAGCGUCAUUGUUUCGCCACGUGGAGAAAUCAUGGAGGGCCCUCGUUACCAUGGGGAAUAUGUUCUCUCCACUGAUCUUGAUUUCGGGGAGAUUGAUCGUGCCAAGGCGGAAUUUGGUAGAGUAGGGAUCGGUAUGGGGCCGAACCAUGCUGGUUGGAUGACUAAAGCAACAGCUAACAGGGACUCCCUGCAGUCUAAAUGAAGGGUAGUAAGUUCAAGAAAAAGGACCUGGAAAGUGGAAUGUGGAGAAGAACCUUUAGGUGUAGCUAAAAGGCUGCUUGUACAUAGUUUUGUGGGCAGCCACUUUUGGGCCAAAUCAUGGAAAAUAUAGCAUUCUGCUUCAGAAGUUCACUGUGCAUGUUACCAAGCAAUCUAUGGUACAUAGAAAUUCAGGUUUGAAUCCUUCCUUCCUUACCUAGACUGUUUACUCGCAUUUGAAGACAUGAAUGGUGGAAGAAUUAGAUUAGGGUUUGAAAUAGGACAUUAGGACUUGGUUUGUGCUUAAAUUGGUCUCCGUUCCCUUGAGGGAUCAUCCAAUCCUAUAUGGCACUAGUUCGUUCCGAGUUUACGUGUUAAACACGCUUGCAACUCCAUGUACAAACUCGAAUAAACUCUUUCCGACUUGCAAGUUGCAACACCAACUCUCAACACAUGACCAAACAUGCGUAUUAGAGAUCCAAUCUGUUCACUAAUUGGAAAUUGUCGGCUCGAUCUAACCGACGUGUGAUUUUAGUGACAUUAUAAACGUAUUUUGCCGUCAUCAUAUUCACUCGAUUAUGUAAUUGUAGUUAUUAUGUAAAUAUUGAUGUAUGGAUGACCAAUGACCUACCACAUUAGAUGCUCACUUGGGAGUUACAUAUAACCUCUAUUUCUACAUUAUUAUCUCUCAUUCAUAUGCAUUGAUAUAAGGAUGUAGUGGUUACCAAAGUGUGCCUAUAAAUAUAGCACACCAUUGUAUCAAAAGAGAAGAAUGAAUAAGAAGAACUCUUCCCCUCUCUUCUCUUGUGUCUUUUCCUCUCUAAUCUUCUCUUGUAGUUGUUUAUAUUUUCAUUAGUUUCAUAACACGUUAUCAGCACGAAGCUCUGCCAAAAUUAUCAUUGGUCAAAUACUCUCGACAUAAUCUAAGAUAUUGGAGUAAGAUCACAAUAUGAUCAAGGUAUAUAAAUCUCAUCUCCUUUCUUAUCUUAUUGUCUUAUUUGUGUUGAGAUUAUCUCAUUUUAAUAUAUCAAGAUGGGUGCUACUUCUCAUAUCCAUUGAUAUUUUAUCACGUCGAUCUAUUUGGAUUAACAAGAAAAGUAAUAUAAGUGAUGAGUUAAUUUCUCAGUUCUCUGUGUUAUCCUAUUCUUAUCAAUCAUACAUUGAUAUGUAGAAAAUGCAAGUUCCAAGAGCCCAUAUAUUCCCCAGAAGUGGAAAUUGAAGAAUCCAAGGGCAAAGAAAGAAGUGGACAUGGUAACAAGAAGAUUGGUUUUGUAUGUUACCAAUGUAAUGGAAAAUUGCAUUUGUCCCGUACCCGUUGUACGCAAAAGACCUGAUUCUACCAAAAAUCAAAGGGAAAAGCUAAUUCAUAUACGCUCCUGCAAUAUCAAUAUUAUGGAACAUAUUUUUUGUAUUAUAAGUUGGUAUAUUCUCCAUUAAAGAUGAAAAUGAUAUUGCACUUGAGACAUUUUCAUUCCCAGAAGUGAAUGAAACAAUCUAUUCCCCGAAGUGAAUGGAGCUAUAAACAUGAUUGUAUAUAUGCUAAAUGUAUUGUUUGGAUCUUUUCACCAGAAGUGAGAAAAGAGAAGAAUUAUAAAUAAGGAUGAAAUAACAAUUGCAUUAUCAAAGUCAUGAUAAUGUAAUGUACCUGUUGUACAUUGAAAUGCAUAAUGGAACGCAUAUAUAAAUUUAAAAUCACCUAGUUAGUGAUGAUAUUGUUCCAAAUAAAGCUUAUUUAAAGUU